AUGUGGGUGCCAGGAGCCAGCCAGAUGCCCCCUUCCACCAAGCUCUGCAUUGACAUCAUCCUCGCACUGCUCUGCCAGGGUCGGCUCUGCCAGGCGCCCGUCUAUCGGAUCCAGGUCCCGUCCCGCGUCACGGCCCACCGGGGUCUCUGCGUCCUGCUCCCCUGUAAUUUCACAGCCAACUUCAGCUCCUCUGGGGUCGCCUACAAAUACUGGUUCCUCAGUGACGACGACAGGGACACCAGCCCGGCCGUGGCCACCACAGAUCCUGGCAGGACCCUGCGGGAACCUGGGGGCCGGAUCCGCCUGGUGGGGGACGCCCCGGACGACUGCUCCUUGCGCAUCAGCGACGUGAGAGCCGGAGACAGGCACCGCUACUACUUCCGCUUUGUGAAGGGAGACUUUAAAUACAGCUACGUGGUGACCCAGCCACUGGUGGACGUGACAGAGCUGACGGAGCAGCCGGUGCUGGGGGUCCCCGAGGUGCUGCUGUCCGGACAGCUGGUGAAUGUGACCUGCCAGGCUCCAGGGACCUGCUCUGGGACCCCUCCCCAAAUCACCUGGACAGGAGGGUUUGACUACACAGCCAGGAACGUCUCGGUUGCCCUGGCGAACGGCAGCAUCUCCUAUAGCUCGGAACUCAGCUUCACGCCGGCCCCGGGGGACCACGGCAAAGAGCUCGUCUGCACCGUCACGUACCCCGCCCUGGUCGGGGUCUUCACCCGCAGCUCUGUCCGGCUCCAGGUCCACUACCCGCCGGAGCUGCUGCCGCGGGGGAACUGCACGGUGCGGGGCCACGGGCCCGGGGGAGCGGCCACGUGUCACUGCGUGGCCAAGGGUAACCCCCCGCCCCGCCUCGAGUGGCGCUUGCCCAACCGCACCCUCCCCGGGGACUUCGAGGGCCCUGAGCUGCGAGCGAUCUCGUGUGCACGGGGCACGGCCGUGAGCGGGGAGCUGCGGGGCCCGGCCGGGGCCCUGGCCAACGUGUCCUGCGCUGCCACCAACGCCCAUGGGCAGAGCCAGGCCGCGCUGCCCAUUCUGCCUGCAGGUCGGCUCUGCCAGGCGCCCGUCUAUCGGAUCCAGGUCCCGUCCCGCGUCACGGCCCACCAGGGUCUCUGCGUCCUGCUCCCCUGUAAUUUCACAGCCAACUUCAACUCCUCCGGGGUCGCCUACAAAUACUGGUUCCUCAGUGACGACGACAUGGACACCAGCCCGGCCGUGGCAACCACAGAUCCUGGCAGGACCCUGCGGGAACCUGGGGGCCGGAUCCGCCUGGUGGGGGACGCCCCGGACGACUGCUCCUUGCGCAUCAGCGACGUGAGAGCCGGAGACAGGCACCGCUACUACUUCCACUUUGUGAAGGGAGACUUUAAAUACAGCUACGUGGUGACCCAGCCACUGGUGGACGUGACAGAGCUGACGGAGCAGCCGGUGCUGGGGGUCCCCGAGGUGCUGCUGUCCGGACAGCUGGUGAAUGUGACCUGCCAGGCUCCAGGGACCUGCUCUGGGACCCCUCCCCAAAUCACCUGGACAGGAGGGUUUGACUACACUGCCAGGAACGUCUCGGUUGCCCUGGCGAACGGUAGCAUCUCCUAUAGCUCGGAACUCAGCUUCACGCCGGCCCCGGGGGACCACGGCAAAGAGCUCGUCUGCACCGUCACGUACCCCGCCCUGGUCGGGGUCUUCACCCGCAGCUCUGUCCCGCUCCAGGUCCACUACCCGCCGGAGCUGCUGCCGCGGGGGAACUGCACGGUGCGGGGCCACGGGCCCGGGAGAGCGGCCAUGUGUCACUGCGUGGCCGAGGGGAACCCCCCGCCCCGCCUCGAGUGGCGCUUGCCCAACCGCACCCUCCACGGGGACUUCGAGGGCCCUGAGCUGCGAGCGACCUCGUGGGAACGGGGCACGGCUGUGAGCGGGGAGCUGUGGGGCCCGGCCGGGGCCCUGGCCAACGUGUCCUGCGCUGCCACCAACGCCCAUGGGCAGAGCCAGGCCGCGCUGCCCGUUCUGCCUGCAGGUCGGCUCUGCCAGGCGCCCGUCUAUCGGAUCCAGGUCCCGUCCCGCGUCAUGGCCCACCAGGGUCUCUGCGUCCUGCUCCCCUGUAAUUUCACAGCCAACUUCAACUCCUCCGGGGUCGCCUACAAAUACUGGUUCCUCAGGGACGACGACAUGGACACCAGCCCGGCCGUGGCCACCACAGAUCCUGGCAGGACCCUGCGGGAACCUGGGGGCCGGAUCCGCCUGGUGGGGGACGCCCCGGACGACUGCUCCUUGCGCAUCAGCGACGUGAGAGCCGGAGACAGGGCCCGCUACUACUUCCACUUUGUGAAGGGAGACUUUAAAUACAGCUACGUGGUGACCCAGCCACUGGUGGACGUGACAGAGCUGACGGAGCAGCCGGUGCUGGGGGUCCCCGAGGUGCUGCUGUCCGGACAGCUGGUGAAUGUGACCUGCCAGGCUCCAGGGACCUGCUCUGGGACCCCUCCCCAAAUCACCUGGACAGGAGGGUUUGACUACACAGCCAGGAACGUCUCGGUUGCCCUGGCGAACGGCAGCAUCUCCUAUAGCUCGGAACUCAGCUUCACGCCGGCCCCGGGGGACCACGGCAAAGAGCUCGUCUGCACCGUCACGUACCCCGCCCUGGUCGGGGUUUUCACCCGCAGCUCUGUCCGGCUCCAGGUCCACUACCCGCCGGAGCUGCUGCCGCGGGGGAACUGCACGGUGCGGGGCCACGGGCCCGGGGGAGCGGCCACGUGUCACUGCGUGGCCGAGGGUAACCCCCUGCCCCGCCUCGAGUGGCGCUUGCCCAACCGCACCCUCCCCGGGGACUUCGAGGGCCCUGAGCUGCGAGCGACCUCGUGGGCAUGGGGCACGGCCGUGAGCGGGGAGCUGCGGGGCCCGGCUGGGGCCCUGGCCAUCGUGUCCUGCACUGCCACGAACGCCCAUGGGCAGAGCCAGGCCGCGCUGCCCGUUCUGCCUGCAGCGGGCUUCUCCCCGACACUCGUGGUGGCCUCGGCGGCUGGUGGGAGCCUCGUGCUGCUUGGUGCCGGGGCUGCAGUGGCCUGGAAAGUCAUGAAGGGAAGGCAGGGCAGCUGGGUCCCCGCCAGGACUGAACGGUGUCAACGGACCGGAGACAGGUAGGUCUGUCACUCCUAUGAACACCCAGCGUCUUCGGUGCCCUCCCACAGACAAGACGUCACCGGGGAAGGGGGAGCCCUUGAGAAGAAAGGGAGAGGAGGAAGAGGAGGAGGAGGAGGAAGAUGCUACAGGGAGAGAGGCGACGGGGAACAAUUCACAGAGGAACACAUCUACGCCAACAUCUAA